CCUAGGCGCGCUGAGUCUUGUGGGUGCUGGAACCGCGCAGAGUGGGAUUGGCGUCCGGCGCGGUGCGGCGGCAGCGAGGUCUGAAGCCGAGCCUGUGACACCCGGAUUAGCUCUAGCAGAAGAGAAAUGGAGGAGCCGUAGAGCAUCAAGAAUGAAUUCAGGAAGGCCUGAGACCAUGGAAAACCUGCCUGCUCUCUACACUAUUUUCCAAGGCGAGGUUGCUAUGGUAACAGACUAUGGAGCCUUUAUCAAAAUCCCAGGCUGUCGGAAGCAAGGUCUGGUGCAUCGAUCUCACAUGUCAUCCUGUCGAGUGGAUAAGCCCUCUGAGAUUGUAGAUGUCGGAGACAAAGUGUGGGUGAAGCUUAUUGGUCGAGAGAUGAAAAAUGACAGGGUAAAAGUGUCUCUCUCCAUGAAAGUUGUUAACCAGGGGACUGGGAAAGAUCUGGAUCCCAACAACGUUAUCAUUGAGCAAGAAGAGAGGCGGAAGCGGUCCUUCCAGGAUUACACCGGGCAGAAGAUCACCCUUGAGGCCGUUCUCAACACUACCUGCAAGAAGUGUGGCUGUAAAGGUCAUUUUGCAAAAGAUUGUUUCAUGCAGCCUGGUGGGACCAGAUACUCUCUGAUACCUGAUGAGGAAGAGGAGAAAGAAGAGGCAAAGUCAGCAGAAUUUGAGAAGCCUGACCCCACAAAAAAUUCUUCUAGAAAAAGAAAGAAAGAAAAGAAGAAAAAGAAACAUAGAGACAGGAAAUCCCCCGACUCUGACAGCUCAGACUCUGAGAGUGACUCGGGCAAGAAGGCCAGGCGCACGUCCAGCAAGGCAGCCAAGGGGAAGAAGAAGAAGAAGAAGCACAAGAAGAAGCACAAGGAGUGAGAGCAGGAAGCACAGGGGGCACUGGGGAGAGGGAACCAGGAGCCUGUACCAUGGAGCUCCUGGACACUGACUGUGGCCUCCCCCCUCACCGACUUGCUCCCUCGGAGAUGGUGUCCUCACGCAGCAGACAGCUUUGGGCGUUAGGAUUCAAAAGCAGCUGCCUAAAUGAGUUUCUUUCUGUAUCACUUCGCAGUGACCCCUGCAGUCUAUCCUUCAUUACCCGACAGCCUUCAUUCCAGGGAGGUCUUGUUACCUUCCCCAGCUGCCGUUGCCAGGCUGGACUCCUGUACAGGAGUCUAGACUAGAUCCACAGAUCCUUCUGUGGAAGUGAAUCUGGCAAUAGCUGGAAACAGUGAUUGGCCCCUUCCUGUUGGCCUGUCUUGGCCAACUGGUGGAUGGUCUCUGCUUCAUCAAGCACUGGGCAGGAUGGAGAAGCUGGUAAAGUGGUGCUCACGGUCUCCAUUCCCCCAGCACUGUCCUCCUGUGCCAGCAGCGACAGUCGCACCAGUCAGAAACAGCCAUUGUGAGUGAACUUGUGUAUGACAUUCCAACAGACCACCAAGUCAGACAUGAAGCCAAGAUCAUUGCUCUGCUUUGUAUUUGAUACUGUGAGUCCAUUGAUUCUACUUCAGAUCUAUGCUUAAAUUCCUGGCACCAAAU